AUGUUAUCAAUUCAAUUCAAUCCUAAUCAAGUGUUCGAUGAGAGAAAAUAUUUGGUAGAUGCAGUGGCUAAGACAUAUCUUAGAAAGGCUACAGAUGAAGUACAACAUCUUAUUCCCGUAGAAGUCGUUGCCGAUGGAAAUUGUUUAUAUAAUUCAAUCCUUCUUCUAAUGAACACUUCAAUGAUAACAACAAGUGAAUUACGAGUUCGAACGGUUAUUGAACUUGUAGCGAAUGGAGCGUAUUAUUCCAGAAUGUAUUCACAAUUCAUCGGACCUCUGGAUAUCGCCAUCAAAGCUGUAUGCAAAAAUUAUACAUAUUCUGAAUUGUACGAAAUAGCUGCACUAUGCAAUGUACUUCGAUGUAAUAUACGAAGUAUUUAUCCAAAAACUGAUUUCCGGGAAGAUAUGGAAAUUCUAAAUAACAUCUUCAGGCCUACUUCACCUAUUAUUGAUAGUUGUAGUAUCACUAUUUUAUGGUCUCAUGUCUUAGACGAGAUAGAUGUACGAGCUCAAAAUAAUAUGGCAUGGAGUCCCAAUCAUUUUGUUCCUCUUAUGUCUCCACCUGCAUAUGAUGACUCUGAUAAUAUAAGUCAUCAAUCAGUUUCAAAAGUUGUGACUCCUGAAAAAAUAACUUCCAAGAAUAAUGCUCCCAUUCAGAUACGAAUUCCUGAAUUUCAAUCUUCACCCAGUCGACGUCGACGCAGUGAACACAGCAACGAAACUGGUUUCGUUCAAUCAACUGCCACGGAUGCAAUGCGACAAGCACAGAAUGGAAUCCAUGAACAACGUCAAAGUGCCAUGGAACAACAAAUACAACCAAGUCAAGAGAAUUUAGCGAAUGAAACAAUUGAACACCGUCGAAUCCAACUGGAAAAGCAAAAGCAGCGAAAUCAACGGAAUAGAUCAAAUGAAACAGCUGAAAAGCGGCAAACUCGAUUAGAACAGCAAAAACAGCGGGAUCAAUCGAAUAGAUCAAAUGAAGCAGCUGAAGAGCGUCAAACUCGAUUGAAAAAGCAAAAACAGCGGGAUCAAUCGAACAGGUCAAAUGAAGAAACUGAAGAACGCCUAAUUCGAUUGAAGAAAAAAAAAGAACGGGCUCAAUCUGGUCGUAUGAACGAAACAGAAGAGCAACGCCAGGUUCGACUAGAAAAACAAAGAAAGCGAAGUCAAGCAAAUAGAGCUAAAAAGAUAGUUGCGAAAUCUACAUCCAAUAAAUUAAAUACUCAACAACAAAACUCUUCCACUCAGUUGAACGAAGCUGAACCCAAUGCACUAUGGGACACUCUAGGGAUGCACGAUCUCGCAAACAACGAAGAUAUAACAAAGAACAAGAAAACUUCUAUUUCUUCGGCUUGGCCUGAAUCCAUCUCCCGUAAACUUAAAGAGGACUGCUUACAGAAAUUUCUUCAAAAAAUGUCCAUGCCAGCUUUGUCUGAAGCUACUUGUGCCGUUUGUAACGUCCGUAGUCAAACGCAAAAGUUGAAGAAAUUACCAGUCUCGAAAAUUCCUCACAUUGAUUUGCUUAAAGUUCCUGACACACUCAAAGAUUUUAUUAGAACCAGUCAAACAUCUGCAGUACAACAUGCUGACGAACAUAUUGGAAUCUCCGAGAAUGAUAACAUUAUACAAAGGACGAGAUCCACUCAAAGUGCCUCAACUUGUAAUUCAUCAUAUGUUCAAUAUGACAACGGUAUUGUCUUAUACGUGAAUGGUUUGUUCCGCCAAAAUACAAUAAAUAUGUGUACAAUUUGCCAAAAAUGUCACGACUCUCUAUCAAAAGGAAACAUUCCUAAGUUUUCACCUGCUAAUAAUAUGUGGUUAGGCGACAUCCCUCCUGAAUUACAAGGAUUAACAAUUCCAGAAGAAAAGCUAAUUUCACUUUAUCGUCAUAAUAGCUGUGUGAUAAAACUUUAUUCACCAUUUCACUCAGCUACAACUGCUCAAGCAGCAUUGAAAGGCAACUGUAUUACUUUUCUUCAAAGUUUACCGAAUAUCGUUAACAGUUUACCACUGAAACUUGAUGAUUUGUGUGAUACAUUAAAAGUGAUUUUUGUUGGUGCACAUCCUCCUGAACGUGUCCAUCUUAAGAAGAUCUUAACAGUCCGCAAGAAAAAAGUCACUCAAGCAUUGCAUUGGCUGAAAAAAAAUAAUAUACUUUAUCGAAACGUCGAGAUAAAUCUUCAUAAUAUUAAUCAAUUACCUGAAGAUGACAUACCAGAAGCCAUCAUAUUAACGAUGGAACAGAAGAUCGGUGAUGAAGAAAUUCCAUCUGAAAGAGUUGGAUAUGUUCCUGAUCCAUUAGCUGAUCCGACGGAAUCCACAAAUUCAGACACCAUCCCAAUUAGCAAUAGUGGUGUUCUCGACGUGAAUGGAUCCACCGUAUCUUCAGAUGAAAUUAAAAAUUAUGUUUUACGAAAAAUGAAAAAUGACAGAGGAACCGAUCAGAUGGAUACCGAAAGUAUUUACGUAAUUCCUCAUUCAUCGAAACCUGUUAAUGAAUAUUUUAAUCCAAAACUACUACUAGGGCUGUAUCCAACUCUAUUCUGUUAUGGAUAUGGAUCACCCGAAGAUAAAUCGCGUCCAGUUGAAAUAAAAUUACGAGAACACAUACGUUACCUAUUGUCCUACAGUGAUCGACGCUUUGAAACAAAUCAUAGUUUUAUAUUUGUAGUUUUUAAUCUUUUGCAACGACGUGAUGCUUGUUUUCAUGCUCAACUGAUAGCCACAAAACCUUACUUUCAAGCAUCUGCUCAAGAAAUCCAGUCAUUAAACAGUAACGAUAUUGAAAUGGCUCUCAACAAAAGUGCAAAAACUACGUGUAGCUCGACAUCCAAUGUAUCAUUAAAUAAGCUACUCAAUCAUAUUAAGACCAUUGGUGGUCGAGUGAUGGGUUCAGCGUAUUCAAGAACAGCUUUGCGCACACGUAUUCAUGCACUGAUCUAUAAUCAAGGUUUACCAAGUAUUUUUCUCACUUUGAAUCCGGCUGAUAUUCACAGUCCUGUGGCACUAUAUUUUGCCGGUGCCAAGCUUGAUUUAGACAACAUUCAAAUUGAGCAACUAAUGACUACUUAUAAAAGAGCCGAAAUUAUUGCUUCACAUCCCGUGGCUAUUGCUAAGUUUUUCCAUUUAUUGAUCACUAACAUAUUAGAUACUAUGAUAGUUGGUGGUGUUCUUGGACCUAUAAAAGCUUACUUUGGUACUGUUGAAAAUCAAGGGCGUGGCUCUCUUCAUUUACACCUUCUUAUUUGGCUUGAUCAUGAUUUUAAGCCAUCUGAUUUGAAAGAGAAAAUUCAAAAUGGUGAUUUUCGUGAAAAAUUAAAAGCAUAUUUAGAAGAUAUUAUCAAAGAAGACUUAGAUGAAUUCAAAGGCAAACGUACCUUUGAAAAUUCAGAUAUAUUAGGAGUGUACGUUACUCCCUCAAGAUUAUCACGUGAUGACAUAUAUUCAGCUUUAAAAACCAUCGAUCUUUCAGGAUUGGAGCAAGAUACAUGUAACUUCGGCAAUAUUCGAUCAACACCGAUGAAGCAACAAUCUUCUUCAUCGAUUAGUUUUGCUACACCAUCACCGAAAAGGUAUUCAGAAACAACGUUGUAUGCUCAGCCGAAUUAUGCAACGAAUGCUUCACGCAAUGAAUCAAAAAUAAUUCCUGCUUGCUUACCUACUCCGAAUCCAUCAUCGCCUAAUUUUGCAUCAAGAUUUCGUGCAGACAUAGUACAGCUUGUCGAAUCGAAUAAUAUUCACAAACACAGUGAUACGUGCUAUAAGUAUUGGAAUUCUAAUCGAGGAGAUAAGAAAACGUGCCGAAUGCGUAUGCCGCGCAAAUUAGUAUCCAAUUCAACAAUUGAUCCUGCUACUGGGAAUAUUUGUAUGCGACGAUCCGAUCCUUGGAUCAAUAAUUUUAAUGAAUAUCUCAUCGCAGCUUGCCGCUCAAAUAUGGACAUCAAAUUUAUUUGGAGUGGUAGCGAUGCAAAGGCUCUGAUAGAACCAGUCGUGAUAUCAAUUCAAUUCAAUCUUAAUCAAGUGUUCAAUGAGAGAAAAUACUUGAUAGAUGCAGUGGCUAAGACAUAUCUUAGAAAGGCCACAGAUGAUGUACAACAUCUUAUUCCUGUAGAAGUCAUGGGCGAUGGGAAUUGUUUAUAUAAUUCAAUCCUUCGUCUAAUGAACAAUUCAAUGGUAACAACAAGUGAAUUACGAGUUCGAACAGUUAUUGAACUUGUAGCAAACGGAGCGUAUUAUACCAGAAUGUAUUCUCAAUUCAUCGGACCUAUAGAUAUCGCCAUCAAAGCUAUAUGCAAAAAUUAUACAUAUUCUGAAUUGUACGAAAUAGCUGCACUAUGCAAUGUACUUCGAUGUAAUAUACGAAGUAUUUAUCCAAAAAUUGAUUUCCGAGAAGAUAUGGAAAUUCUAAAUAACAUCUUCAAACCUAUUUCAACUAUUAUUGCCAGUUGUGGUAUCACUAUUUUCUGGUCUCAUGUCUUAAACGAGACAGAUGUACGAGCUCAAAAUAAUAUGACAUGGAGCCCCAAUCACUUUGUUCCUCUUAUGUCUCCACCUGCAUUUGAUGACUCUGAUAAUAUAAGUGAUCAAUCAGUGUCAAAAGUAGUGUUAGGCAACAUCCCUUCUGAAUUGCAAGGAUUAACAAUUCCAGAAGAAAAGCUAAUUUCACUUUAUCGUCACAAUAGCUGUGUGAUAAAACUUUAUUCACCAUUUCACUCAACUACAACUGCUCAAGCAGCAUUGAAAGGCAAUUGUAUUACUUUUCUCCAAAGUUUACCGAAUAUCGUUAAUAGUUUACCACUGAAACUUGAUGAUUUGUGUGAUACAUUAAAAGUGAUUUUUGUUGGUGCACGUCCACCUGAACAUGUCCAGCUUAAGAAGGUCUUAACAGUCCGUAAGAAAAAAGUCACUCAAGCAUUGCAUUGGCUGAAAAAAAAUAAUAUACUUGAUCAAAAUGUCGACAUAAAUCUUCAUAAUAUUAAUCAAUUACCUGAAGAUGACAUACCAGAAGCCAUCAUAUUAACGAUGGAACAGAAGAUCGGUGAUGAAGAAAUUCCAUCUGAAAGAGUUGGAUACGUUCCUGAUCCAUUAGCUGAUCCGACGGAAUCCACAAAUUCAGACAUCAUCCCUAUUAGCAAUAGCUGUGUGAUAAAACUUCAUUCACCAUUUCACUCAGCUACAACUGCUCAAGCAGCAUUGAAAGGCAAUUGUAUUACUUUUCUUCAAAGUUUACCGAAUAUCGUUAACUGUUUACCACUGAAACUUGAUGAUUUGUGUGAUACAUUAAAAGUGAUUUUUGUUGGUGCACAUCUUCCUGAACGUGUCCAUCUUAAGAAGAUCUUAACAGUCCGUAAGAAAAAAGUCACUCAAGCAUUACAUUGGCUGAAAAAAAAUAACAUACUUUAUCAAAACGUCGAGAUAAAUCUUCAUAACAUUAAUCAAUUACCUGAAGAUGACAUACCAGAAUCCAUCAUGUUAACGAUGAAACAGAAGAUCAGUGAUGAAGAAAUUCCAUCUGAAAGAGUCGGAUAUGUUCCUGAUCCAUUAGCUGAUCCGACUGAAUCCACAAAUUCUGACACCAUUCCUAUUAGUAACAGUGGUGUUCUCGACGUGAAUGGAUCCACCGUAACUUCAGACGAAAUUAAAAAUUAUGUUUUACGCAAAAUUAAAAAUGAUAAAGCAACCGAACAGAUGGAUAUCGAAAGUAUUUACGUAAUUCCUCAUUCAUCGAAACCUGUUAAUGAAUAUUUUAAUCCAAAAUUACUACUAGGGCUGUAUCCAACUCUAUUCUGUUAUGGAUAUGGAUCACCGGAAGAUAAAUCGCGUCCAGUUGAAAUAAAAUUACGAGAACACAUACGUUACCUAUUAUCAUACAACGACCGACGCUUUGAAACAAAUCAUAGUUUUAUAUUUGUAGUUUUUAAUCUUUUGCAACGACGUGAUGCUUGUUUUCAUGCUCAACUGAUAGCCACGAAACCUUACUUUCAAGCAUCUGCUCAGGAAAUUCAGUCAUUAAACACUCGACAACCAAUGCAUCAUUACAUAAACUACUCAAUCAUAUUAAAAACCAUCGGUGGUCGAUUUAUGGGUUUAACAUAUUCAAGAACAGCUUUGCGCACUCGUAUUCAUGCACUAAUCUAUAAUCAAGGUCUACCAAGCAUUUUUCUAACUUUGAAUCCAGCUGAUAUUCACAGUCCUGUAGCACUCUAUUUUGCCGGUGCCAAGCUUGAUUUAGACAACAUUCAAAUCGAGCAACUAAUGACGACUUAUAAAAGAGCUGAAAUUAUUGCUUCAUAUCCUGUGGCUACUGCCAAGUUUUUCCAUUUAUUGAUCACUAACAUAUUAGAUACUAUGAUAGUUGGUGGUGUUCUUGGACCUGUAAAAACUUACUUUGGUACUGUUGAAAAUCAAGGACGUGGCUCUCUUCAUUUACACCUUCUUAUUUGGCUGGAUCAUGAUUUUAAGCCAUCUGAUUUGAAAGAAAAAAUUCAAAAUGCUGAUUUUCGCGAAAAAUUAAAAGCAUAUUUAGAAGAUAUUAUCAAAGAAGACUUAGAUGAAUUCAAAGGCAAACGUACCUUUGAAAAUCCAGAUAGUAUAACAAGUUUUAAUCCUUUUCCCACAUAA